GGUCAUGAAACCUGGCCUUAAUGCUAUCAUGGAAUGCACAGGUGGAGGCAAAUCUUUAUUUCUGGAUGUCUUAGCUGCAAGGAAUGAUCCAAGUGGAUUAUCUGGAGAUAUUUUGAUCAAUGGAGCCCCUCGACCUUCUAAUUUCAAAUAUAAUUCAGGUUUUGUGGUUCAAGAUGAUCUCGUACUGGGCACCCUGACGGUGAGAGAAAACUUAGCGUUCUCAGCGGCUCUUCGGCUUCCAACAACUAUGACAAAACAUGAAAAAGAUGAACGGAUUAAAGUGGUCAUUGAGGAGUUAGGUCUGGAUGAAGUGGCUGAUUCCAAGGUUAGAUCUGGAGAAGAAAGAAAAAAGACCAGUAUAGCAAUGGGGCUGAUCACUGAUCCUUCCAUCUUGUUCCUAGAUGAGCCCACAACUGGCUUAGACUCAAGCACAGCAAAUGCUAUCGUUUCACUCCUGAAAAACAUUUCUGAACAAGGACGAACUAUCAUCUUCUCCUUCCGUCAGCCUCAGCAUUCCAUCUUCAAGCUGUUUGACAGCCUCACCAUAUUGGCCUCAGGAAAGCUAAUGUACCACGGUCCUGCCCAGAAGGCUUUGGAGUAUUUUAAAUCAGCAGGUUACCAUUGUGAGCUCCUCAAUAACCCUUCAGACUUCUUCGUGGAUGUCAUCAAUGGAGACUGCCCUGCUGCGGUGACAGCUAUGCAAGAGGAAGGGGGUGAAGCCAAUGAGACUGAACAGCUAUUAAUAGGAAGACUGCCAGUGAUCGAAGGAUUAGCUCAGUUUUAUAGCAAAUCCCCCUUCUAUAGAGAAACAGAAACUGAAUUAGAGAGACUUUCAGGUGGCCAGCAUGGCAGGAGCCCAGCCUUCAAGGAGAUCACCUAUGUCACCACCUUCUGCCAUCAGUUCAGAUGGAUUUUCUGGCGUUCAUUCAGAAACUUGAUGGGUCGUCUUAAGCCCUGGGGAGUUGAGAUAUUCAUCAUAUUUAUGCUGGGACUGUUAAUAGGUGUCACUUUCCUUGGACUAAAAAAUGAUUGUACUGCAAUCCAGAAUAAAGCCUGGUCACUCUAUGUGCUAACUGUCUUCCAAUGUGUCACGAGUGUCUCAGCCAGGGAGAUCUUCCUGAUGGAGAGAGAUCUUUUUAUACUUGAGUACAUCAGUGGAUACUACAGAGUGUCAUCUUACUUCCUUGGAAAACUGUUAUUUGAGUUCCUAUUCAGGAGGUUUUUUCCAAGUUUUAUAUUUACUGUUAUACUAUACUGGAUAUUAGGGCUGAAACGGGGGAUAACAGCUUUCCUCAUCACAACGAUUACCACUUUGAUGGUGGCUUAUUCCACCACUGCCAUGAUCCUGGCUAUAGGAACACGUGAGAAUGCAGCAUCUGGAAAAACACUUCUGGUGACCGUCUAUUUUGUGUUUAUGCUGGUUUUCUUGGGUAUGUCAUUGAAUUUUGAAACCAUGGCACCUCAGCUCUCCUGGCUUCAAUACGUCAGUAUUCCUCAUUAUGGCUAUAUGGCUUUGCAGCAUAAUGAAUUUUUGGAACAAAAUUUCUGUUCAGGACCCAAUACAACAAUGAGCAACUGCGGUCCCAGCUUUUUGAUAUGUACUGGCGAAGAAUUCUUGAUAAUUCAGGGCCUCAAUCUCUCACCUUGGAGCUUAUGGAUCAACCAUCUGGGCUUGGCUUGUAUGAUGUUUUUCUUCCUCGGAAUUGCCUAUCUAAAAAUGUUAUUUCUUAAAAAACAUUCUUAAAUCCCUCUUUAAUUUACUAUGAAUUACCCUCACAUUAAAAAAAAGAGAACCUUGAUUUAUUUU